AUGAUAAACCUAUUCCCUAAAAUACAGGACAAUCAAUAUAAUCGUCAAUCUUGGGGAGGCCUCCUGUUUCUCAUAACCAUCAUUUUUAUUGUCAUUAUGAUUUGGACUGAAAUUACAAACGCCUUCAAGGGGAAAAUUUCAUUACUAGUAGAUUCAACUAUUGAUUCUAGGAUUAGAGUUAAUUUGGAUGCAACUAUCCAAGCUCCCUGCCAAGCAUUAUUUUAACAUAUAAGAUAUGAUGGGUUCCUAUUUAUAAGAUCUACUUUUGAGGAGGCGAUAUUUAAGCCAAACGUAAAUUUCACAUCUUGCUACGGUGCUGAGUUGAUUGUAGAUCAAAGGUGUUAUAGUUGCUAAGAUGUUAUGAUGGCAUUUGCUUAAAGAAGAUGGACAUAGCCUAAUUUCGAAAGCAUAGUUUAAUGUGUUGGUCAGCCUAUUGUUUAAUUUGAUGACUCAGAAUUACUGUAGUUCUUAAAAACUGAUCUUAAUCACUAAAAAUAACUUUAUCUGACUAAAAAUGAAUUGAUUAAUAUUACUCCUACUCAAUUAUUUAAAUAAUCUUUUGAAUUAGAUGAUAAUGACACCACCAAUUAAAUUUUGACUUAAGAAUAGAGAGGCAAGUUCAAGAAAGCUUUAGAUCUACUCUCUGAAUUUAGUUAUAAUCCAAUGCAAUGGGAUGAACAGAGAUUGUAAGAAGAAAAGAAUAAAUAAUUCGAUUAGUUGAUUAACAUGCUUAAUAUAUCUAUGGAUCACAUUAUAGGAGGUACUAAAAAGUCAAAAUAAUUCAAAUUUUUCAAUAUAUCUAUAGUUAUUAACCUAAUUCAAUUUUAGAUAAAUCAUUUAAUUAAUUUAAAAUCACACUAGAAUACUAGAUAACUAUUUAGUGAACCAUUCAAGGUUGAACAGCCAUCUUAAUAAAAUAUUGAAGUCUCAGAUAUUGAAGGACAUAUUAAUGAAGCAUGUAGAUUUUUUGGUUAUUUUUACAUUAAGAAGGUUCCUGGAAUCCUUGCUAUACAAUCCAAUAAAUAAGCCAUGGAUUUUAUUAAUAGAACAUUUCAAGGAAAUCACAGCUUCAAGUUAUCAUUUGGAGAAUAACCACAAACUCAAACAGAAACAAAUAGUCAAUUUUCUUCAAAAUACUAUUUAAAAUUAGUCACUACUAACAGUAUUGAUAUUUGGAAUAAUCGAAAUGUCUAUUAUACAUUUACACAAUAGAGGUCUCUUUACAAUGCUACGACUGCUCCAUUCAUUGAAUUCCAAUAUGAAUUUGAUCCUAUUUCUAUGACUGUUCAAUCUACUACAAUAAUAAAUUAUCUAGUUUUAGUUUUUGCAGUUAUAGGAGGUAUUUUUGCUGUUAGUAAAUAUAUCGCAGUUCUCUUGAUGAUUUUAAUAUGA